AAAAACAAAUAACAAAAAAAAAAAAGAAAAAAAAAAGAAAGCAAAAUUAAACCAUCUGAGAAACUUUGAUUUCGCUUAAUAAUAGAAAAUACUAGAUUUAUUUGUAUAUAUCUAUCUAAAUAUCCCAAAAUGAAUGCUCGAUCGGAGAUUUUCGAUUUAACACUAGAAGGACGCCAAGUUGAUGAGGCGAUAGCUAGUAUAUUUCAUACGGUGUUAUUCCAUCGCUGUCUUGGCAAAUAUAUUUAUACGGGCGACGCUCAGUAUUCUAUAGGUACUGUCGGCUAUACAGACGUUGACUGUGAUUUCAUUGAUUUCACUUACGUAUGUUGCACGUCAGAUAGCUUACAGAGGACAGUUAAACGGGAAAUUAAUCUAUUUAGCGAGAAAUUGAGGUCAAAUGACAGUUGUGGUUCCGGACAAAUUAGUUUAGAGUUCUUUCAAAAGAAAAAAUCACAUUGGCCUUUCACUGCUGAGUGUAUUCCGUGGGAGGUGUGGACCGUUCAUUUAGAUCUCAUAAAACACGAAACCGAAGAUGAACGUCAGCUAUGUCGGGAAAAUGUGGCCGAUUUAUUAACCGAGAAAGUCAUUAAUAUUACGGAGAUAAUGAAUCGUUUGGAUUAUGUACCAAAAACGCCGAGUCAAAGUGAAUUGGAUUUAAUAUUCGAUACCUCAUUUCCUGACGUACAGCCAUAUCUAUUUAAAUUCGUUUCGUCUACAUCAAAUACGGCAUCACCCUCCGUCGGAAAUACCGUCAAGAAAAUUAUCAAAGAAACGUUUGCAUUGUGACGCGUUGAAAAGCCGGCAAUGCUCCUCAAAAAGCAUUAUAAGCUAUGUGAUGAUGCUAACAAUACCGCUCAACGCUUUAGUGACACGACAAGUAUUACAAAAAAGUCUCAAGUCAUCUAUAAGUUACGUAAGCAAAAUGUAUAUAAUGUAGCCGUUAAUAACGUUGACGAUUUGAAUUUAUGGCGUAAUAACAAUAAUAAACAUCAAAUGAUUGUUUAUUAUAACCCAUCAUUAUCAACGUCAUCAACAGUAAAGGCAACAACAACAAAAAUAAC